CCUUUGGUGUAAGCAGCGGGGCCACCUGGGUGGUGACGGGGCUGCUUUUUUACCAAACCAACUCAGUUUUCAUCCUGAGACCCCCGAGACCGGGGGCCGGGGGGCCUGGUGCGCCGGGAACUGCUUUAUUUACACCAGCCGUAAAACGUGAGAAAGGAAAAAGCCCAGGGAGACCACCGAGGGUCGGUGUAUCCUGUGUGGUUUCACGCCAUGAGACUCCAGGGAGGAAAAUACUGGUGCAAAACUGAAGUUUUCAGGUGCUGCUGGGUUUAUUUUCUUAAAACAACAGCAGCAGCGACAACUGGGUAAUUAACUUGAGGAAAUAUAAGUAGGUCUUAAAAUGAAUGGGUACUGCAAAAUCCUAAAGAAGUUUAUCAGACGUCAGCUGCAAAGAGUUUAGUCCCAGGUGCUUCGAGUCGUUUGGAGAAAGCACACCUCCAACCAGCCUGUGAUGAGUAAAGUGCUGAGGAAAAACCUGUUACAUAAUCUCAUUUGCCGUGGGGUUUGCAGUGCCGUCCCCUUGAAUCAAGGGGAAGUGAGUUAAGAUGCAGGGUUUUUAAAACUCUGAAGUUAUUUACCCAGUGCUCUGGCUGCCACUUCUGCUUUAAAAGAUUAUAAGUAAAUACUCUGCUCUUACAAGGGAACCAAACCUAUCAAACCUGUUUAGAAAAUGACCAGGCUUUUGAGCCCCGUGUAAAGCCGUUGGAGCGAGGAAGCAGAGGUAAAGAAUGAUGUAAUGCGCUUGCUGCCCCAAAGCAUCUUUUGUUGGAAUGGUUAUUCCAGUCAUCUCUUUAUGAAUCAAAUGUGAGGGGCUGCUUUGUGGCAGGAGGCCUUUGCGAGAGCACAUCAACGGGAAAGAGAAAGAGACAUUCACUUGGAGGGCUCCUGCUGAAAAUGGGCUUAACUCUCCUCUUCCGUCACCACCAGCCUGACCUCAUACAUUUCAGCACAAUGGAGUGGCUGAGCCUUUGAGCACCCCACCAUUACAUCAUCGUGGCAAAUUAAAGGAGGAGGUGGGAAAAGAGGACCUAUUGUUGUCAUGGCCCAUGAGAUGAUUGGAACUCAAAUUGUUACUGAGAGGCUGGUGGCUCUGCUGGAAAGUGGAACGGAAAAAGUGCUGCUAAUUGACAGCCGGCCAUUCGUGGAAUACAAUACAUCCCACAUUUUGGAAGCCAUUAAUAUCAACUGCUCCAAGCUUAUGAAGCGAAGGUUGCAGCAGGACAAAGUGUUAAUUACAGAGCUCAUCCAGCACUCAGCCAAACAUAAGGUCGACAUUGACUGCAGCCAGAAGGUUGUAGUUUACGAUCAAAGCUCCCAAGAUGUUGCCUCUCUGGCUUCAGACUGUUUUCUCACUGUACUUCUGGGUAAACUGGAGAAGAGCUUCAGCUCUGUUCACCUGCUUGCAGGUGGGUUUGCCGAGUUCUCCCGCUGUUUCCCUGGCCUCUGUGAAGGAAAAUCCACCCUAGUCCCUUCCUGCAUUUCUCAGCCUUGCUUACCUGUUGCCAACAUCGGGCCAACGCGAAUUCUGCCCAAUCUCUAUCUUGGCUGCCAGCGAGAUGUCCUCAACAAGGAGCUGAUGCAGCAGAAUGGGAUUGGUUAUGUGUUAAAUGCCAGCAACACCUGUCCCAAGCCUGACUUUAUCCCUGAGUCUCAUUUCCUGCGAGUGCCUGUGAAUGACAGCUUUUGUGAGAAAAUUUUGCCAUGGUUGGACAAAUCAGUAGAUUUCAUUGAGAAAGCAAAAGCCUCGAAUGGAUGCGUCCUCGUGCACUGCUUGGCCGGAAUCUCUCGCUCCGCCACCAUCGCGAUCGCCUACAUCAUGAAGAGGAUGGAUAUGUCCUUAGAUGAAGCUUACAGAUUUGUUAAAGAAAAAAGACCUACGAUCUCUCCGAACUUCAAUUUUCUGGGCCAACUCCUGGACUAUGAGAAGAAGAUUAAGAACCAGCCCGGAGCGCCGGGGCCCAAGAGCAAACUGAAGCUGCGGCACCUGGAGAAGCCGAGCGAGCCGGGCCCCGCCGCCCCCGAAGGGGGCCGCCGAGGCGAGGGCGCCCCCGGCCCGCCCCGCGCCCACCCCGCUACCUCAGAGGCGGCGGCGCCGGCCGCCGGGGCCCCCGCCGGGGGGCAGCCCGCUCUGCUGGAGGACAGCCCCCUGGUCCAGGCGCUCAGCGGGCUCCACCUGCCCCCCGACAGGCGGGAGGACAGCACGCGGCUCAAGCGGUCCUUCUCCCUGGACAUCAAGUCGGUGUCGUCGUCGUCGUCCGCCGGCGCGGCCGCGUCCCUGCACGGCCUCCCCGCGGCGGCCGACGAGGCCCCCGAGUAUUACAAGCCGUCGGCCGCCCUGGACGGCGUGGGCAAGCUCUGCCAGUUCUCCCCGGUGGAGGAGGUGUCGGAGCAGACCCCGGAGGCCAGCCCGGACCGGGAGGACGCCCGCGGGCCCCCGCAGCCGCCGCCGCCCCGGCCCCCCGACGGCCCGAGCCCGCGCUUCCACGCGGCGAGAGGCGGCGGCGCCCCGCGGCCGCCGGCAGCGCCCCUGCAGCGCAGCGGCAGCGUGGAGGACACCCACCGGCCCGCCUUCCUCUUCGGCCUGUCCGGCAGCCAGCAGCACCUGGCCAAGUCCGCCGCUGGCCUGGGCCUCAAGGGCUGGCACUCGGACAUCCUGGCGCCCCCGCCCUCCGCCGCCGCCCUGCCCAAGAGCUGGUACCUGGCCCCCGCCGAGCCGCCGCACUUCUACCCCGCCUCGGCCGUGUUCGCGGGCGGCGCCGGCUACCCGGCCUACAGCUGCAGCCAGCUGCCCACGGGCGGCGAGCCGGCCGGCUCUGUGCGCCGGCGGCGGAAGCCCAGCGACAGGGCCGACUCCCGGCGGAGCUGGCACGAGGAGAGCCCCUUCGAGAAGCAGUUCAAACGCCGCAGCUGCCAGAUGGAGUUUGGAGACAGCAUCAUGUCGGAAAACAGGUCGCGGGAGGAACUGGGUAAGGUGGGCAGCCAGUCGAGCUUCUCGGGCAGCAUGGAGGUCAUCGAGGUCUCCUGAGGAGAGAGACCCUGGGGACCUCCGCCGACGGUGUUGCGCUCGUUCACAAAAAAUAUUCCCUGUAAAUCUGAAAUAGAUGUAUGUACAUACAUAUAUAUUUUUGGAAAAUGGAGCUAUGGUGUAAAAGCAAAAGGUGGAUCAACACAGGUGUUCUCUCAACAUCUGCGUUUGAGAGCAGCUAAUACUUCUCUCACCCAAGUGGAAGGGCAGACGCUAGCUUCCCCCAGACCGAUGAAACAGUUGUAUGCAAUGGAUUGCACAUCUCUGGUUCUUACUAGGUCGAGUUCUACUUGGUGUCUGAGCACAGACACCCCCACCGUUUUCUUGUCACGCUACAAGGAGAUCUCGGAUACCAGUCUCUUCGUCCGGUCCCUUCCGUAGUGCACCUUAGUGCUGAGACUGAGCCAGCUUGUGGGUCGGGUGGGGAGACCCUACUAGGAACAGAACCUAAUGGUAGAUCCAAGAGAAGCGAUCACAUCCAAAGCUGAUUCACCAAUCCAAGCUCACCGGCCAGCCGAGUGACGCCAGCGUCGUUCUGCUGACCGACCAUUAGGGGCCUUGCCAAGAUCUACUUUAGAGCAAACCCAGUACCUCAGGCAGGAAGCCGGGCCUUCACCACGACCAGGUCCGGUGGCCCGUUUUCUAGGCAUUGUGAAUAGGCAGGUAGCUAGUCGCACCUUUCAGACCAACUCAGUCCGUCUCUGCACACAUUUCCAGUUGGGCCUGGAUGGAGGCUGUUAAUGUGUUCUUUCUUCUCAGCUUCAUGAAGAAAGAAGGGAAGCUGUCUCGCAGUCAACUUAACAGCCAGCAGUCUGGCCACAUUGUGAUUUAAGCUAAGGUUGGGAGGCUAACCAAGUCUACCUCCCUCUUCAUAAAUCAAAGACUCGUUCAAGAUGGGAUUGUUAAGCUUUUAAAGAUGAACUUGGUUUCAAGCCAGGUGUGAAUUUCUUUGGUAGCAGAGCAGCAGCUCCGAGUUCUCAGCCAAACUAGAUGCUUUCCAUUUCGGUUUCAUUACCCAGAUGCAUUUUGUGAAAGCAGAACAAUAAGGUAGCAUUUUAUAGGAAACCGCCAAGAGAUAGAAAACUGUGGAAGGAUCAGAGAAGGUUAAACUGCUGAGAAGCAGUAAACUGUCAUUUUCUCAGUGGCUUUCUCCCUUCGCGUGCAGUGAAGGUGGUAUUUUCUGUAAUGUCCUUAGACUUUCAGGUUCACUGACAGGGCUGAGAGAGGCUUUGGUUAGCAAGGAAUGUUCAGAAAUAAACAGUGCAGGGAGGUGAGGGGAAGGGGGCUGCAUUUUGUUUCAUUGCAAGCAGGGCGGAAAGACACAGCCCAACUAUUCUCAGAAACGAUCCCCAGCAUUUUUUAGGAGACGGGACAUAUCAAAAUGGAGCGGGACCAAGUGGUCUCAGUCCGUGACCUACAAUCACUGUAUGGAAUCAAUCCUGGCAGCUGAAAAUAGGAGGUGAUUAGAACAAGUACACAAGUGACAGUACUUACCUGCUUUGAGUUUUGUCAGCUACAGUCUGGUCCUGUUUUGAAGCCUUAAUUCACGUCAGCAGCUUUUUUUUAGGGUGGUGGGUGGGUCUUAGUGUUGUUCUUUACUGUAAGUGUAGCUAGUUGCUGACUCAUAUCUCAGGUUUUUCUAUGUGUGAGAAAUGGACAGUCCUCUGACUAGGAUGUGACUUCAUGUUUCCUCUGGUGACUGCUGAAACCAGCAUAGAAUGACACGAUUCAGAACUGACUUGAUCACGACGACUGUGGUCUUCAUAUAACGUAACUGGUUAUGCACAAAUUAUGGGCUAAGCUAUGGGUGUAAAAUGGAGAGCAUGAACCGUGCAGGGAGUGCGCUGUUACCAUACUGGAAAAGUUCUGUUAAGUGAUUGAGUUGGUUUUCCUAUAUACGUUUAAAUUGGGGGUGUAAUCAGACAUUAUUAAGGUUUUGCACAGUAAUUUCUGAUGUGUUAUGUAUACACGCACACCAAAUGUGUAACAGCUCCCUGCUUCCAGAGUCUGGUCACCACUGUGGGACAUCUGUAAGAUGUGGAGGUAAUGGCUCUAAUGUUAAGUGGGUUUCAGGAGGGUUGUGGGACUUGGUUUUAAUGAGAUCUCUGGGUGGAAACUGGCCUUCCAUCAUCUGGGAUUUCUCUUGGCUGUGGUCCCCAUCCUUCCUGUGACUGAUGUGGUCAUAAGCUACAGCCUUUAGUCCCUGAUCGCUAAUGUCAAGUAAUCAGCCCUUGGACUCGAGACUGUCCUGCCCAAGGGGCAGCCUCUGGGGCGUGGCAUGGGCUGGCUCUCGUCUGCGGGAGUUGGAGGGGGAGCCCCGAGGGCUACUAGAAGAUACGGGAUGGUGAUUUUAAAGAGCAAAACUAGACUUCUAUGUGAGAAAUGCUGGAAAAUGGUUUAGGACGUUUGUAAAGUUACGUGGAAAGACUAUAUAAAUGUUUAAUAUGAAUAUAGUGUUCUUUUGGAGUCAGGCAAGCUGUUGAAUGGUUCAAUUGUGCAUUUCUCAUUUUGAUGUGUCAUGAAUGUUAAUAUGAUGAAAUAAAAUCAAAACUGGUACCUGUUUAUACAUAAA